GAAUAACGGUCUUACAAGGACACCGUUGUCAUAGGUGUGCUUUGACGCUGAGAUACAUUACAGCGUGUUUUCAACGUCUCCCACGGUCGCGCCCUUUGCUUCCCUAGUUGCGCCAUCGUGACUCGGUACCCAGCCUGCUGGAUAUGUCUAUCAGUGACCUACAGUACUCGCCCAUCGUUUCACCGGUCACCUUCCAUCCGAUGGAGUCAUAUCCCAGUUCGGAAGAGGAGCUUUGUAACGCUCCGGUGAUUACAGGCAGGAAGCGAACGCAGCAGGAGGACCCCGAUUACAUCAUCGACAGCCGGUGCUCCCGGGGCGACCACAAUGUCGCACAUGCCGACGGGGCCGGCAAUAAGGUUGGCUAUCGCGGCGUCAGGCGGCGGCCUUGGGGAUCAUACGCCGCGGAGAUUCGCGACUCCGGGUGCGGGAAACGACGGUGGAUUGGAACAUUCAAGACGGCCGAGGAGGCUGCUCGCGCUUAUGAUGAUGCCGCCAUUUCCUUGCACGGACCCCGCGCCAAAACAAACUUUGUUUACGAGUGCCAGCUGCUGCAACAGAAAACGCAGCAGCAACAGCAGCAAAAGGUGCAGCAAACGCACCGUAUUGUACAACAGCAGCCCUUGUCGCAACAACAGCAAACAACGUACGUCAAGGCCGUACAUGCCACGUCGACGACACAUGCGCCAAAGCGCCGGCGGAGGUCGAACGGGUCGGAUUGCUCUUCUAGUGCCGCCCUGCCGUACGACCUCUUCGUACAGCAACAGCAGCAACAACAGCAACACGCGGUAGAACAGCAGCAGCAGCAGCAGCGGAAAGAACAACAACAACAACAGCAACAACCGCAGCAGCCGCAACGGCAGGACGAUGGGCUGCAGCUGAAACAGGCUCAACCGCAGCAGCUGCUGCAGGCACAACCGGAGCAGGAGCAUCUGCAGUUGCUUCAACAGCAGCAGCAGCAGCUUCUCCGGCAGGCACUCCUCUUGCACCAGCAGCAGCAACAGCAGCAACAGCUGUUUGUGCUGCAACAGCGACAAGAGCUCGAGCGGCAGGAGGAGCAACUGCAGCUGAUGCAAUUGCAGCUGCAGCAGCAGCAAAUGCAACAGGAGGAGGAGCAGCAGCAGCAGAUGCAACGUUUCGGUGCGCUGCUUGAAGUGGCUUUCCUGUUUGGUCGUAGGGACUUUGCUAUGGCGUGAUGUCAGAAGGGGUUUUCGUGGUUGAUGGUGGGCUCGCGGCAUGCGAUGGGCCCGAUCGCCGAUGUCAGUUGUCAUGUGGAUGGAGGAUGUUGCUGUGUUGUCAGCGAGCAUGCAAGCAAGCACGCCCAAUGUAGGACUUUAGGUUUGAUCUUUGUUGACAAGAUUAUCGUGUUCGUUUUCAUCCUCUACAUAAUUUGUGUGCCGCUUGUGUGCAAACAAGAGGUGCGGGUUGGCCCGAGAACAUGUAACAAGCAACACCAGCUUGGCCAAAACGUGUUUUGGCGGUUUCGAUGGCGGCUAACGACAUUCGUGUGGGCUUUUGGUAAUAGCGAAGAAGGGUGGGCAGCAGUGCAUCUGUUUUGGGUGGGGAUGCGUUUGGUGGGUUGCAUGAAUGGAGGAUUGGUUGGCUGCAUGGAUUACGUGGAGUAGCUUGCUCUGCAUCGGGUUAUCUGUUUUCUGGUUCCCCUAGCGCCAGCCAUCACUACCAGCGAAGCUCUGUUGCUGGUGGUUCAUGGUGUUAAUGCGGCUGCAGGCGCCAAGGGGUUUUGGGUUACUCGCGCACAUCUGCGCGCAUUAGAUGAGUGUGCCUUGCGCCACACGCCAACGCACAGCAGGAAGCGACCCAUGGGUCGUGAGGCCCCAUCAUGAUGUGAAGACGGUUGGUGGCGCGUUGUGUUGUCCCGAUGAGCCCUUUGUGAGCGCUGUUAAUCCUAUCAGCUAGGCAGGAUGAGAUAAAUAAAGAAGAAGAAAUUGCCCUUAUGUCGCUAGCUUGGACGCGAAUGGUGAGGUUAUGCAUGUUUGGGGCAUGUUUGGGACAUGGGGGGAAGGGGCAUUGUUGCUGUUGCUGAAGAGCUUUCGCCACUGCGUGUUGGGGAGAUGCGUCGCCAAGCGCCCAUUCAUGCAUUGGGCAGUGCAACUUCACGCAGGAGGUCGCUCAACGUUCAUUAUGGCUGAUGCCUGCCUGUUUCUUUAUUGGCACUUCAUGGGUGAUGCCACUUUUCAAUUUUCCUGCCUCUCUUGGAUCGGCUGCCCUAGCCGCCUCGCUUGUUAGGGGUAUGGGCGGGGCCUAAUACGGACGAGGCGGGGGCUUAUACGGACGAGGCGGGGCCUUAUUCUGUCGUACUCUUUCUCUUUAAUUUCGUCUUGCAGUUUUCCUUCUUGAUGUGUGAAUUUGAUAGGAGAUGUGUAAACUAAGUACGUAAGUUACAUGCGGGCUGUUGCUGUACGUUUAACGACACAAAAAAGUUGUCGUACGGAUGAUGGUACUGCCAUUACCGUACGGUUGCGCACAUGGCCGUACACAGGGCCACAGGCAUGUCUUACAGCAGGGCAUUGGUCGUUGCCAUGUUGCACAUUACUGCUCGGUUUGGUUGGGGGUUGUGGGCGGGAAAGAGGCGGUGUUAGUAAACCCGGCGGUGAAGAUGCAAGGAUUGUUACGGCGGGUACUGAGGUGGCUAGGGGGAAAGGGGCUUGAUGAGAGAGUGUUGCGGUGGCAAGAGAUCAUAUCCAAAUUAACCUAAUUAGAUUUAUUGUCUGGUCAGUGAAAGUAAAGCCGUACCUACGGCGACGUGACCUGUAUAAGGAGUUUUGUGAUCUGUGUUUGCUACCUGUUGGAUGGAAUGUACCGUACAGAUGUGCCGUACGUAGGAGCCAGCUGAAGCUGACGGUUGAGGGGUAAAGAGGAAACAAAGGUGGAGGGCUUCUGAACAGGAGAGGUAUAGAGAACCGUUCUAUACCCCGGUUUGUACGGAUAUUGUAUCAUAAUGCGGGUGAUGUCACGACUUGGCGCUUGUGUCUGCCCCUUUUGCUGCACCCAACGUUUGUAAAGCCGAACUGGCUGCAGGCUGACAAGUGUGAUGUCUGUGGAGAGCUCCCCGCAUGUCUCCGGUGCGGAGAGCCUUCGACGCACCCCACCCGCACAUGCGCUCAACUACACAUGUGGAAUAAUGCC